AUUUGAAAAUAUAUUUUAUUCUAAAUUAAUGUAUCUUCGAAUUUGCUAAGUCUGAAUAAUUAUUUAUUGACAAAAGAUUUAUUAGUUUGACAGCUGGAUAAAAUGAUAGAUUUCAAAGUUAGACAGUAGCAGACAAAAGGAAAACGUCGUUGCAUGGUUAACGUGUCACAGUGUUGUGAAAGUAUUUCGCAAUUAUCUAAAUUAAUUUUUAUUCAAUUUAAAAUGUUGCGAUUAUUAUUUUUAAUUGCAACAUGUAUUCUUUGUUCAACACAAAAUACUAAUCUCGACAGAAUUACCGACCAAGAUCUUUUAAAUUUAAUAAAAACCGAAAAAUAUGUUAUCGCACUUUUCACAAAAUCAAAUUGUAAAAAGUGUGACGACUUUGAAAAUGAAUUGCAACGUGUUCGACAAGAUUUGGUUGACAGUUUAACUGCGUGGACUGUUAAAGUGACAGACAGUCAACUUUUACAUCUUUAUAGUCCAGAAAAGGAGCCUGUACUUGUAUUUUUUAGGCAUGGAAAUCCUUUAUUAUAUCAUGGUAUUGUGGAUGGAGAAGAAAUAUUAACUGUAUUUUCUAAUAAUAAAGAACUUACAGUAAAAACUCUCAAUGAUGAUACUUUUGAACAUUUGACUCAAGCAAGCAGCGGAGCUACGACUGGUGAUUGGUUUAUUAUGUUUUAUUCUACUGAUGAUGUAAAUUCAUUAAGAAUGGGUGCGAGAUGGGAAACGGUUGGUGCAAAACUGAAGCAUAGCAUUAAUGUUGCACGCAUAGAUAAAUACACUGGUGGUACUGCCACAGCAAAAAGAUUCAAUGUUAUUAAUGUUCCUGAAUUUAUUUUCUUCAGACAUGGUAAAAUGUAUCGUUAUCAAAUUCCAAAGUAUGAUGUUAAUUCAUUAGUCGCAUUUGCAAAGGAUUGGUAUAAAAAUGCUCAUGCAGAAAAGGUUCCAGUUCCACAGACUCCUUUUGACGAUAUGACGCAAAAGAUAGCAGAUUUUCUUCAUGAAAAUCCAUGGAUUAUGAAAAUAGGCAGUAUUACUAUUGGUGUAUUAGUUGUUGUUUCUGUAGCUUCCAAGAUUAAAUAUAAAACAGACGUGCCACGGCAGAAGGAACAAUAAAAACUAUCACUUUAACUGUU